UUGGCGCGCAACACUACGUCAUUACAACGUACAUAUCUCAGACUUUAGUACAAUUUUAUUCAUAUUACUAUAAGAUCUUUUCUCGCAUCAAUUUCACAGCCUUGCGGUCUGGUAUUAUGAAGAAAACGGGGUUCCUUACCGACCAGUCGGGUGAAGGGUGUCUGCUGAACGCCGAUUAUAAACAAUUCCUGCUGGACGACUGGUCACUAGGGACAGUAGAAGGUGGUCGGUUAAUAUGCGAUAUGUUAAAAGAAGAAGGCAAACGGGAUUAUAGACUGGCCCCGUCACAGGGAAAUCGUAAUAUGUCUCCAGCAACGUUCCCGUUCAACCGGCACACGGUAACCAUCGGCAUUGGGAACGAGAUUAUCGACUUCGAAACCACGAGAGUGCAGCACGAGAGACUACGGGACAAACAACUCAGUAUUGCCAAGGAAAUAGAGCUGGCAAAAGACGAAAUAAAAAAAGUUCGUCAAAUCGAACAGGCAUGGUACCAAGAUUUUAUAAAUGAUAAAUACGUGAACGAUCUCUCUCAACGAAAAAAGAACCUUGAUGUGUCAAACGACGACGUGCGAAAAUCGAUAAGCGAUUCCCUGGAUGAUCGCGAUGUCAAACCGCUAGACAGAAUAAGGAGGGAACUUUCGCUAUUUAAUUUAUUCGAAGGCAUACCCGGUUAUGAGGAAGACGAUAAAAGUGAUUGCAGCAUGAACAUAAAUGACGAUGACAUAAAUAGCGAUAUGUCUCAUGCAACAUUUGGAUCAGGCGGUUUACUAAACAUAAUGUACCGAAGCACGGAUGGCGGUGUGAGAAAAUUUAAUCAAUACAUAGAAAAAAAGUCUCCUGGGUUACCAACUGUAAACAUUUAGUGCAUUAAGGUGAAUGCACUCGUAACGCACUAUAUGAAAAUAUAACAGACAAAUGUAAACGAUAAUCAAACGUUUAGAAAUGUUAUUUUCACUGUACCAUUAACGUUUAUAAAUAUAUGAUAUUUGUUGAAAUCGAUGGAAUAUCGAUUUUAUUUAACGAGUGAUCAUAUAAAAUAAUAUUUUCACGAGUGGCACAGCCACGAGUGAAAAUAUGUAUUUUUUAUGAUCACAAGUGAAUUAAAAUCGAUAUUCCAUCGAAUCCAACAAAUUAAAAAAAAAAUAAAUAAAGAGUUUAAUUUGAUAAUUUCGCUGGAUUUAUGACGUCAUUUCGUCGAAAAAAAUGACGUCAUUUCACAGUUGAACAGUGAAAAAUAUCGCUAUUUUUCACUGUUAUUUUUCACUGUUUAAAACAGUGAAAUACCAGUUUUAUUUCACUGAUAUUUCUCUAUAAACCAACGGAAAGCAUAAAAUAAAGCCAUUUAAUUUUAAAACAGCAAAUUUUGAGUACUUUGCGUACUAGAACUGAACAACUUGAAUUACUAUACAAGUCACAACUGUUAAUGUUUCUCGUUUUGUAAGGAAAAAUGGUCAAUACUAUUAUUUUGUAUAAGGGCCAGUGGUUGGAAACUUUUCACGUACACGUGUCGAUAAAAUGCAUAAUAAUAAGUGUUGUAAAAUAUAUGGCAAUGUAAACUUC